UGGAAGUUGCUUCGACGAUGGAUCAUUAAACCAUUGUUCGUCUGCGACACCUCUCCACCAUUGAGGUCUGCUUGAAAUCUAGAAAAUAAAUAUUGAGUAUAUAUGGUAUGGAUUAUUAUCACUAUUAUAGUUCAAUAAAAUACAAUGUACCACACGAUGUCGAUGCUGUGGUCCCGUUUAUUUCGUUUUAGAUUGUUGUUUCAUUAUUUAAACAAAUUGGUCAGCGUCAUUACCAAUUUCCGGAGAGUUUGAGUGGAUUUGCUCGCGUGCUCGAAUAUCUGUCAAUAUCUUGCUGAUAUCUAUAUUGGAGGACAUUUUAACCGCCCUGUAAAUUUCUCGCAGCUGUUUCUAUAAAAAAAAACAUGUAAUCAAUUGUUUGUCUUUUUAUAACUGUUUGCGGACGAAACAAAUUUAGAGGAAACGUAGUUAAUGAGGUAGACAGUUCUUGUGAGAUUGGAUGAAAGUGGAAUUUCUCGGGUUUUAGUAUAACAUUUUCUCAUAAUAAAAAUUACGUGCUAUUUUCCUGAAAAAUAAAACUUAUUGGGUGAGUGCUCGGAUUAAAUAAAAAAAAACAUGGAGGAGGUAAACGGCGUGGAAGGGCACAUGCAUGCCAUGACAUCAUCACGGCAAUCAAAAACUCAACAAGGCUCAAACUUCCGUCAUUUACCGACCAUUAAAGAUACACGAGAUUACAUCAUGAUAACUCAAGAGAUACUGGAUGCGUUCAAAGAAAAAGUUGUAAAAUCACAUAAAGUCAACCUCAAACUAAAUCCUGCCAGAUCUAGAUGUAGCAGACGAGCAGCUCUCGGCAGACGACACAUACCGCCGGUGUCAACAGACAAAUCUCUUUUGUUGUAUUCUAAGUCGCACACUAGUUAUGAUCUUCAUGCACGCUAUAGACCUGUAAAAGUGUUUGUGGAUGAUAUAACACAGUUAAAUACAAACGAUAGUAGUGAAUGUCCUUCCACUAGCGGACAAGAACUUCGAGAAUUAUUAAAAAAGAAACCCGCUUUCCAAAAGGAUUCUUCAAAAAUAUCUGACCCAGGAAUAAGAAGGGGUAUGGAGUCAGGUGACGAGGAUGGAGAAUUCCCAGACAAAAUCAUAGAAACUGUUGCACGUGCGAACACAAUGCACGUAACGCACGCGCCAGUUUUACCGGAAAUACGUGCAGCUCCGUGUCCAAUACACGUUAAACAAAACACACCGCGAGGCGGAAUCGAGGAGACAGCUGACAGUUUUAUUGGUAACUUUAAAGAAACAAAAUCCUACAGAAAAAACCGUGAAACGCAUCCUAUCAAAUGUAUAUCAAUUCAACAAAAUAGUCCUAGUCAAAAUAAUACGGCACGUAACCGCAUGGACAUAAAUGUGCGAAUACCAGAACAGUUUCCGACGUCAAAAGCGCCGGCGUUACCGAAAAACAUGUCAUCUAAAGACUACGUAAUGACGUGGCUAAUUCACGGCUCGGCUCCUCAAGGGUCCAAUCACUUUCCCGAGAUAAUACCCAGUCAAAUGAAGACAAAAUCAAAAUCUAAAUAUACACCCAGAAAAACAUAUGCAGAUGAAUAAAGUGCUUUUUGGAUAUAUAAUUUAUACGUGUUUAUCGCAUCAAUUUAAGUUACACAGUUAGCCAAAUUGACGCAACGUCAAAUACACAUAGACAGGGAUAGUUCUGACCAGAGAUUUUGGGUGGAUUUUGAGUCUCCUUGUUUUGACACAGUUUUAAAUUGUUCGAAUUUAGACAGUUCUGUAAUACGCGGAAUUGUUAAAGUUUUACUUUGUUAUAUACCACACCAGUUAUGCAUUUAUGUUGUUGUGAUGGUUGUGCAUUUGUUUAUACUCAUUAUUCACCCAGUAUUAUUUCAUAUUUGAAUAUAUCAGUGUAUUGUAUAUUUUGUUUAGCACAAUCUACCGUAUAUAUCAAAUCCACCAAAGAGUAAACAAUGUAUAUGCAACAAUGUUUUAUCAGUAA